AUGGCUACUAGCAAGCCGCAUUACGCAUAUAGUUACGCGUUGUCGCCUCUACCUCAAGAAUCGGUACAAAUUGUUGGGCAGCCGAUCAUGAGGCCACAACCACGUCCACCGCCGCCACCAUUACCUCCACCAAUGAAUAAUGCCGUUAUCCUUCCAGUGCUACAACGACGUGAACAUGGCUUGCGUGUUAACGAAGGAGAUCGAUUCUUAGCAUAUGCUAACCCUAGCGGAAAUAAUGUAUAUGCUAAAUCACAAGCUCAUCGCCUUCUUCCUCCGACUAGUGUGAUGAUACGCCCGCGUUAUAUGCCAGCUACUAUCGGUAGUGCACCAGUAGUAGCUACUCCUGUUGCUCAUCGGCCAAUGCACCAUGCAACUGGUGCAACUUCUCCUUCAGCUUAUGGUUAUUUGACAACGGUUCCAAGACCACAGAUCUACCGACCAGUUAUAAACGCUAACACUCGCAUUGCUAUGAUGCCGGUUAAUGGUCAGUACACCGAAGCAAUCAGGAAUGGGCUUGGGCCUUCUUAUGCAGCUAAUUCCAAUCCUAUCAAUCCUUCCAACAUGGUCUCACAACCACAACAGCAACAACAACAGCAGCGCUUACAAUCAGCCCCUAUCAUGAACAACAUUGUAAAGGAAAAAAAUCCUCCAGUACGUAAAAAGAAGAUUAUAAGAAUUACGGAUCCAAAACAAGGCAAUAAGGAUGUUACAGAAGAGAUCUUACAGAGCUCGUAUUCCUCAGACGGAAAGAUUGAAACAAUGUCAAUUUAUGUUUAUGUAUUAGUUCGGGCAAUUAACGGACUCAUUGAAGUGGUUAAACUAGAGAUUAGUUCAGAUUUCAGCAACGAGGUUAUCGUGGAAUCAGGUCCUAUUUUUCAAGAUUUACAUUGGGGAUCAACACCUUCAAUUCAUAGAGCAUGGAGUUUUCUAUGCGUGGGUAAAACAAGAUCAGGGUGA